CUGGCGUGGGCAGGGGACUGGACACUGGUGUGGGGAUGGGGCCUCCAGUCCCGUCCUGGCUGCAGCCCCUCCAGGACACUCAGCCCCUGGCCGCCUCCUGCUCAGAUGUGCUGGGAAGCUCAGGGUUGGAGUCUGGCCAGGUCUCCAGGGAGUGUCCCAGGAACUGGUGUCCAGGACAAGGGACCACAGAGGCCUCCCCGCAACGGCCAACAAUGUGGGCCCGGCCCUCUGUGUCCCCCGGAUGUGUCCCCCAGCCCUGUGUUCUCAGCAUGCUCGGGAUCCUGCUCCUGCUCACCUCUCUGAGUGCUCACAACACAAGCUGGGACAACCCCUUCUGCACAGAGGGCGUGGUGUCCGUGUCCAGGGGCCGGCAGGCAGUGAUGGCCUGCAACAUCUCCAACGCCUUCUCCCACAUCACGGUCCGGCUGCGCACCCACGGGAAGGACUGGACCAUCUUCAGUGAGAAGGCCCCAGGGCGCUUCUCCAGGGCUGGCUGGCAGCUCCAGGUGCAAGGCGGCCAGGCCCAGCUGGUGAUCGCAGCCGCCCAGGACGCCCACGCGGGGCUCUACCUGUGGCGUCUGCAAGGGCUCCAGAGAAACUACAAAGUCACAUCCCUGAACGUGUCAGCAGAGCCUCAAGACCUGGACGAGGCAGCCGGCCUGGGGCCUUCCAGGCCUCCCUGGGAUGCUGCAAGCCAGGUCCUCGGCUCAGAGACUCUGCAAGCCAGGUCCCAGGCCACACCCCAGUCCAUGGUGGGAGUCCUGGUUGCUGUCCUUCUCUUGAUCCUGGUGGUGGGUGCCCUCGGAUGGUGCUGACACCAGUGUUCUCUGAAGUUUGUGCAGGUGGAGCCCAUCAGAGCGCACCUGGAGCGGGAUCUCAGCUCCUCCAGCCCCACAGUGAGAAAAGCAGGUCCUGCACAGUCCUCUCCGUCACUCCACCCAGACAGAGACCCACCCAGUGGUCUCCAGCCCCUCUGUGCUGCCUCUCCUCUGCUCUCAAACUGCACAGCCCUUGAUUGACAGGAUCUGCCCCAUCUCUGCCUCUUAUCAAGGGGGGGCUUGGGCUCCUCUCUUGCUGCUGAGGCCCCUGCACUCCAGGGUUUUCCCACUCCCUGAGAGACCCCAGGACAAGCCAUAGGACCUCCAGCUUUGGAGGUGGACCAUGGGCACACGCCUGUCUUGACUAAGAGCAGAAACAAGUGUUGUGGACCCUGCAGUCAGGGCUCCAGGGACCUAGACGGGGGAUUCCAGGUCUUUGGUGCCAGGCUGCCUGCAUACCUGGACCAGCUGCAGGAGCCCUUGGAAAGGAGGUGGGAGAUGGGACAGGUACCUGCAGGUGCCCCUGGGGAGUACUGCUGGCCCCUCAGCUUCCCUAGGCCUCUGCUGGGGGUAUCCCUGCCUCAAGACCACCACACCGGCUGCUUUUAAAAGCCUCCAACAUGCUAACCCUUAAACAAAUAUAAUAAACCAAUUAACAAGCCACCAAGUCUGCUGGGAAAUACAGCUGUUCUCAUAUCAACCCAUGCAGACUUGCCAGGAGCUGUUGGGUUCCGAUGGCUGUUAGUGAAGGCCUUGCUCCUGCGGAGCCCCCAGGCCCAGGGGGACCCUGCCUGGGGUCGAGCCCCCAGAGCCAGCGGCCACAGAGUCCCAGUGAGAACUGGAAUCACAAGUGUCCCUCGGCCAGCCCAGCCAGCUGCAUCUACAAAUGGGCAUUUGCUGGCUCUCUGUUCCUAUCAUGGUAGCAUUUCUAUAGGACAGGGACAGCAGGUGAGCUGUCUUCCCAGUUUGGGCCAAACUGUGAUUAAGUUCAUUUUCCCUUUUUAUAUUUAUGCUCUCUUCUUUCGUUUUUAUUCCCAGUUUUGGGGGCUGAACCCCAGGCCUUGUGCAUGCUAGACACACGCUGACCUGGAUCCCAGUCCCUCUUCGCUCAUUUCUGCCUGGGCCUGGGAACAGCUCACCUCUGGUGUUCCAGUGCCCUCUGCUGGUGAAUUGGCUCCACCGCACCCAGGUCUUCAGAGGGUCCAGGGACUGCAGAGAACUGUCCCCUGCCCCGCAGCCGCGGGCCCCACGUGUUUUGGGACUCUCCUCUACUGCCCUGCCCCUUCUGGCAAAUGGAAAAAUGAGUUUUUAGGAAUGUUCGGGCUCAAAGUUUGUUUGACCCCUGGCAAUUCCUCUCUGCAGGGCACACUGACCCUCCUCCCUUCCCUGGGCUUUGGGCCUUUUUGGUCAAUUCGGGUUCUUCUUGAACUGAUUUGGGACUCUCGAGCUGUUUGUCUGGUAGGGAAAUUUGACCCCGUCUUUGGGGCUCGACUUUGAACCAGCUCAGGCUGCCGUUGGUUUUAUCACCAGAUAAACAUCCCAUCAGGCCCUGAGAAUCGAUCUGUUUUGCUCACCAGCAUUGUGUCCCAGUCUAGACUUCCACCUCACUAGCCACACAGACUUGGGGACCUCGUCGAUGACAGCUGCUGCUGCUGCAAAGCCAGGGGCAGAGGGGAACCCCGCAAUCCUGGCUCCAGGCACAGAGGGACCUGCACCUGCCAGUCUCCCCAGACUACAGCUGGCUUGUGUGAAAUGCAGCCCCGGUAAAACUCCCAGCACCUCUGUCUCUGUCUAGUCGUCGUCUUCCUCCUCCUCCUCCUCCUCCUCCUCCUCCUCUUCUUCUUUGGGUGGUGCUGGGGAUUGAACCCAGGGCCUUGUGCAUUCAAGGCAAGCACUCUACUAACUGAGCUAUACCCCCAGUACUGUCUGGUCCACUUCUGACCCGUUUGGAAAAGGAUCCUAUAAGGACUGAAAGAGCGACCCCUCCUCUCUGGGGCAAGCCCAGCCCCCUCCCAAGAAAUCAUGAACGACCCUCCUGCUCUCUAACUAAAAUCCCUCUUCCUCCCCUUCCUUGGUCUUUUUGGGGUACUGGGGAUUGAACCUGUCACAGGAAAGGGUAUCUGAAGAAGGAUAUGAGGAGCUCCCAGAGAGAAGGGGUGCCAGUGGGUCUUGGCUUAUGUGCCAGGCAAGAACACCAGGCCCACCAGGUGGAGGCAUAGGCUUACUGAGGAAAGCAGACACGUUCCAGGGAGGAGCGGGCAUCUCCAGAGGGAGAGAGGGCAGCCUGCCAGCCUGGUGCUGACUUGUGGGCACAGAACUGGACAGAGCUGGAGCCAGAGCCCAGGGCGUGACUUCAGCCAGUCCUCCCUCUGCUUCCAUGUUGCCCCAUUUACCUUUGGAGACGAGGGCUGGGACCAAGGGCACCAUGGUAGCCUCUUGCUGAGGAGUUGCACCUGCUCCUGGGUCUUCUUCUGAGACUCAGCAUUUAUCCCUUUAUUCCCAAAUUCCUAUCUUAAACCCAGGGGUCCUCUACCACAGAGCCACAUACCCUUUUGAUUUUUUGAAAUGGGUUAGCCUCAAAAAUGCAACGUCCUGCCUCAGCCUCCCAAGUCACUGGGAUCACAGGCCUGCGUCACUUAUUCUAGGACAGGGUCCAGACGGAUGGCAGAGUCAGAGUACCGUGCACCCGGGCAGGAGAAACCAGGAUCAGAGAGUCAGAGGAUGCCCAGAAUUUCCCGGGCAAGCCUCCUGACCAGCAGUGACCAGAUAACAGGGUCAGCGCUCUUCUAUGUCCAGUCUUGGGGACACGCUUCUCCUUUCAUGGGUCUCGGGUGAGGGGGUGUUUCAUUCGAUAGUCUAGUGCACUUGAUAAGCUCUUGGGGAUGGCACCAGAAGGCCUAAGAAGUGGCAUCUCCAAAUCAACAAGGGAACUGCAGUUUGAAAUGUCAGGGUGCUGCCGGAAAUCAGACACACGCUCUAGCGUCACUUGGAAAGGCACCCACCAGUCUGACCAGCAGCCCACCUGGGUAGCGGUCUACCUGCUAUCCCUAGCACAGCGCUGGCCCUGGCUCUGACGGGAGGAGCUGGGGCCACAGUCUGCGUGACUGGAAGAUGAGGACAAAGGGAGAUUCUGGCUGGGGCUGCGGAGGUAGCUGCGCAGCCCAGCUGUGGACUGGGGCUGUACAUGCAGGGGGCUCAGCAUGGUUCCACCUAACCACAGUGUGAGACAAGACAGGUCACAGCAAACAGGCUUUUGUUACACACUGGGAAGCUCAGACUCUAGUGGCAGGCCAGACCUGGCUGCGAAGUGGAAUUAGAGACAUCAUGGUAAGAGACCAGGGCCCGGGCAAGGGUCAGCGCCCUCCCCGCUCAGCCUUCCUCCAGGAAGCCUCCUUAACCAUGGGUCCCUACCUUUGGGUUGUCGAUAACUGCCCUCCUCUGAAAAGAGCCGCCGCUUCUUUGUUCUGUAAGCAUCUCUAUGUCAGAGACCCUGCACAGGCCCCAGCUGCACAGACUGGGAAGUUUUUUAAAAAGAGGAAAAAUCCCCAAUGAUAGGAUAGGUCUAAGAUGAUGUUAAAUAACCUAUAAAUGUUGUGAGAGACUGUGCAUCAGGGCUCAGAAUUUGGAGUUUUUGUUUUCCUCUGGGCCUGCUGGUGUGUAAUAAAGUUCUCCUUUCUGAGUGCUGCUGGCUGCUUCUCGACCAGCCUUUCCCACAACAAGACCACAGGUUUAAGUCGACAGAAAAGAGAACAGAGAUCUUACCUUACAGGGCCCUCUGUUCUCCCUGAUGGGCGGAUGCACAGCCUCUGGGACGGGAGUGUUUCUCCUUUGCUCACACACAAUAAAGCUUUUUCCUUUAUUUUUUUUCUGAAAAACUGUUUCUUCACUAGUGGAUUGGCAUCGGCACGAGGACCAAGUUGUGGGAGCGAUUUGACCUCAGCACUUACACUAAAACAGAGGUGCUUGUGGCAAACCACUGCUUUACAAUCGGGGUGUGGGCACAGCCCCUCUCCACUCUUGCAGGAUGUGGAAAAUAACAACCUGCAGGGAGAAAGGAGAACAGUAGGCCCCAGGGAACUUCCCUUAUCUACAGCUGUUGCCCUACAUGCCCUCCAUGCCUCGCCCUAAAUGAGCCCACCACCAGCUGCCAACAAAAUUCCUGCUAUGACCUGGCCCUGCUACACCUAUAAACCCAGACCCUUGUAGCCCGUCGCCAUUUUCCCCUUGAAUGCAGCAUCCCUGAUCCGUGGAGGUCUGCCUGCCUUUAUUUUUCUUUUUGUGUUCUCUUUCACUCGCUUUCAUUUGGUGCCAAAACCCAGGAUGGACUUUGGGGCACUCUACCCCUCUCCAUGCUAAUGGGCCUCUACUGCUUUUCCAUAUUUCCUCCCAUUUCUCUCUCUCUGCACGUUAUACUCAAAGAAGGAGGCCCUUCACACUCUCCAGGUCCUCUGCAGCUCAGCGGUGGCUGAUAACAACCCGAAACCGACCCCAGUCCUGGGACCUGUGUCGGGUCCUUUGUUGGUGUUGGGGGCCUCCUCCUUCUAACCCUAGCUGCUUCAAUUCCUUUCUUCUCUGUGUAUUCAGACCUCCAGAUUACAGGCUGCUUUCUGCCAUUUUGUCCCCACAUAAAACACCAGUCUUCUCAUUCUUCAGGGAGGUCAGGUCCCUUGCUGUAUCUUGCAGAAGCACCCUGCCCAAGACCCUGGCCUGUUGGCUCAUCUGGACCCUGGAGGUCUGCCACCAUUGGGAUUGCAGGAGGGGACACCCUCUCAUUUUCUGGUGGACAGGAGACAUCAAGGGACACUCUGAUCUCAACUGCCACUGGGGCAAACCUGUCCAACAUGGGCCUAGCCCAUGCAUCCCACAGGACUAACCCAAAGGUUGUCUCGUUAAAAUCUCAAAAUUAGGACUGGAGCUGGAACUCAGUGGUGGAGCACUUGCCUCCCACAUGUGAGGCACUGAGUUUGAUCCUCAGCACCACAAAAAAAUUAAUUAAUUAAUUAAUUAAAGAUAUUUUUUAAAAAUUCAAAGCCCUCCACCUCCAAUCUGACCUCAAAAGCAAAUGCCUUACUAGACUGAGUACACUGACCUGACCAGAAUCUAAAUUAGACAACCUAGUCAAUGACCACACCUGAAGAGACUGAUUUUACAAAAGAAGACAUGGUUAAAAUGCUCUGUGCAGGUUUUGCCUCUUAAGCUUGGAACAGCAUCUUCGCUCACUUAGCUUCUGCCAGAUCUCUGUCUCACCAAGGCUUGCACGGAAACGUAAAUUGCAGAGGACUGCAGGGCUUGCAGGGAACUGAUUUGGGACUAAGGAAAAAAAGGGUCACUUUUAAAUCCAAGUCGCUUGUGGGUGGCUAUCUGACCACCCUGCCUUCUUAAGAAGUUCCUCCCUGAGCACUGCAACACAGGAGGGAAUGAUGGUCAAGUCGUCUUUACCCUGAGAAUCUUUACCUACAAAUUUCAGG